AUGGCCACUCCGUACACGGGACACUGGGAUGCUGCUCUUCGUGUGUUAAGAUAUCUCAAGACCACACCAGACCUAGGGAUCUUAUAUUCUGAUCAGGGUCAUUUUCGUGUGGGUGCUUUCACAGAAGAUGGAGAUGGACGUAUAUCUGGAUUCUCAGACGCAGAUUGGGCAGGUUGUCCUAUUUUCCGUCGAUCCACCACUAAGUAUUGUGUUUUCGUUGGAGGAAACCUUGUGUCCUGGAAGAGUAAGAAACAACACACCGUAUCCAGAUCAAGUGCCGAAUCAGAGUACAGAGCUAUAGCAGAUGUUACAUCAGAGAUGAUAUGGGUUCGUCGUCUUCUAGAGAACUUGGGGUUAUCUCUGAAGACUUGA